CUUGAUUUAUAAACUAUGGUUAAGUUCUAAGAUAUUUCUACUCUGGGUUAUUUGAGCGGGAAUAUAAUAUUGUUUGUUUUGGUUCUAUGUUGUCGGUAUAGCUAGUAAGGUGUAACAAAACUGAUUGCACGUAGAUAGUGUUUAAGAAGUAACAUAAAUGAAGUGCAAUAUAAUCGUGGCAGUUUCAAAUAACAACGGAAUAGGGAUUGGUGGUAAAUUACCUUGGAAUCUAAGGAAGGAGCUGGCAUAUUUUUCAAGAAUGACAAAGAGUACUACCGAUCCACUGAAGAAAAAUGCUGUUGUAAUGGGAAGGAAGACAUGGGAGUCUAUACCAGAAAAAUUUCGACCUCUUCCUGGGCGGUUGAAUGUUGUAUUGACUCGCACAAAUAGGUCACUUGGUGAAGAAGUAAUAGUUCAUACCAGCCUUGAAGAUGCCAUCAAAGAUUUGCACAAUAGGCAAGAUGUAGAAACUGUGUGGGUGAUUGGUGGAAGUUCUGUUUAUGAUGAAAUGAUGAAAUCCUCAUACUGUCACAGGUUAUAUAUAACCAAUAUUUUGAAAGACUACAGUUGUGAUACAUUCUUUCCAGAAAUUGGUAGCCAGUACAUAUCUGUCAGGGUGCUGUCAGAUUGGAAGAAUUUGAAAGAUAUUGGGCAGUUACCACCUCUCAAAAUAUGGAAAGCAAAGAUUUUGCAGUAGAAGAGAUUUGUUUCACAGUAUCGAAGAUGAAGUGCUCGUAGCUCUUAAGUGAUCCCACAGUACCUUCGGGUAUCCAAGAAGAAAAUGGCAUUCAGUUUCAAUAUAAAGUUUAUGAAAAUACAGAAUAUGUCUCUAUUAAAAACAUUUAAAAGUAAACUAAUUCUACCAACUAUUGGAAAAAUAUAUUAUUUCUUCGUGUAGUUUUAGUUUCAUGCAAGUGGUGGAAAAAUAUGAGCACAUGGCAAUGUGCUGAUAGAAGUAUCUUUGACACUACAAUGAGAAAACUUGAUGUAAUUGUAAAAACAUGUAACAUUAAGAAAUAUAUGCAAUUUAAAUUACACUGGUCUUGAUUGUAAAUUGAUCCUGUUUUAAAUUAUUAUACGUGUAAUAUGUGUAAUAAUUAUUUAAAUCAUAUUUAUAAUGCUUAAAAUUAUUUACUGUUAAUAAAAUAGUUUUUAACCAAAAAUUACAGAUAUUUAUGAUUUAAUUCAGCACAGCUUCAUUUCUUGACAUAUGUGAAAAAAUUUCAUUAAAUGCAUUUGUAGUACUUAAAAUCACCAGACAUAGAUUGUAACCGUGGAAGAAGUUGACACAGAAAGAAGCAAACAUCUGUCCUAUUUCGAGUAAUUUGGUGCUGUAUAUUAAUUUCAGUUGUAUUUAAAUACAGUGUUCAUUUGUC